GCUGGUGUUACCCACAGGCCAACGUCAUGACAGACUGCUUGGCUAUUUAAGGUCUGUAGGAAGCCAGAUCAUCUCAUACUUCCCUCCUCACAAAUAGUCAGUCAGAGAAACAGACAGAGAGAGACAGGCAGUUAGGUAGACAAGCAGACAGACAUGGCCAGGCUGGACGUGACAGAGACCUUCCAUCACAUCUCAUUCCCUGGGCACAUUCACACCCAGGACUCCCUGAACUAUGCCCUCCACUUCCAGUUUCGGGACAGGGACACUGUCAUCGCCACCUACCCCAAAUCAGGGACUACCUGGAUGCAGGAGAUUGUCACUCUUGUGAAAAACAGAGGGGACCCACAACUCUCCAAAACUGUGCCCAACUGGGCACGAGCCCCCUGGCUGGAACAGCAUUACAGUGCAAAGGUGCUGGAGGCCACCCAGGGGGACCGAAUCAUCACCACUCACCUGCCCUACAACCUGCUGUCUUCUGCGCUUCAGGGCUCCAAAGCUAAGGUCAUCUAUGUCGCCAGAAACCCCAAAGAUGUUGCUGUGUCAUAUUACCACUUCCAUAAAAUGGCCAAGUUCCUCCCAGAACCCAAUUCAUUUGAUGAGUUUCUGAAUAGUUUUCUGAAGGGAUCAGUGAGUUAUGGGUCCUGGUUCGAUCAUGUGAAAGGCUGGACGAGUCAAGCAGGAGUCUUGGCAAAUGUUCUUUAUAUCUCUUAUGAGGAGAUGUGGCUGGACCUGCAAGGCUCGGUGGAGAGGAUCAGCUCUUUCCUGCAGUGCCCCCUGGUUGGCGAGGAGUUAACCAACUCCCUGAGACACUGCAGCUUCAGCAGCAUGAGCGAUAACGCCAUGGUGAACUACACUCAGAUCCCAAAGGAGAUCAUGGACCACAGCAAAGGCAAAUUCAUGAGGAAAGGUAAAAUCGGUGACUGGAGAUACACUUUCACAGAGGAGCAGAUUGGUAUUUUCGACACCGUCUACAGCUACCAGAUGAAAGACUGUCCCUUGACCUUCAUGUGGGCGUGUCCUCCUGAGUCCUGUGGGGAAGGAGGAGGAGGACAGGCCUCUGGGGAUCAGGAUAGGGCCCUUAUCCUCCAUGACGCCGGAGAUUGAUGGAUACGCUUCAUACAAGUCCUGGAAUUCUCUCACUGAUGUUCUGUGUUUUUGUGAAUGUACAUAUAAUGUACACAACCCAAUAUAGUAAAACUAUAUAAUGAAAUUGAUAUGCUAAUAUAACAAAAAUAUUGUGUGUGACCUAUUUGUUGUUGUAGUUGGGUUUUUCCACCUCUAUAAAAAAUCGAAAUGUUACAGUUAA